AUGGAUGAGAAGGACUUCGAGGACGCGGUCAACAAAUUUGAGGAGCACACAAGUUUCUAUCCUUCUGAUAUCCUUGACGAGUGCCCCAAAUUCCGAAUUCUGGUUGUUGGGCAAACGGGUAGUGGCAAGUCUACCUUGUGUAGCAAAGUCUUUGGCGUCGGAAAGGGCCAAGGAAAAGUGGGCGGCCCCGUCGAUUCCGCUGAAGAGACCUUCUUCAAAAAGUUCGAUCUUGGAAAUAUUCCAGUAGUUGCCGUCUUCACUCAUUUCGACAAAGUUGAAGAGGAACAUGAGAUGGCUUUGAUAAGAGGAUAUCGGCGACAGCAUGGUCCACGUACCGUCUUGCCAGAGGAUUUGACUACCAGAGCCCAUGCGUAUGCGGUGCGAGAUUACGACGAGAUCUACAGAGCCAAUUUAGAGAAGAUACUAGGACCUCACUCAGGGGUUAAUAUCCAACGCGUUUCGAUGCCAGAUGAAAGUCCAUAUGUUGCCGGCGAUGACGUUCCAGUUGCGGAAGGAGUGAAGGAAUUAGUAGGCACUACUCUAGAGAUGUUGACGAGCUACGGCCUUCGUCGCCUUUGGAUAUCUGCUCAACAGCAGUCUGCUGACCUGAAACGCAGUGAAUCUGUGACGGCUGCAAUGGCACAUUUCAACAAGGUCACAAUUACGAACUCAGUGCCGCUGAUCCCGUUCCUGGGUGGAACUGUCUUUCGUACAUCUUUCAAUGACAUCUAUAGCGCUGUGAGCACGCAGUACAGUCUCAUUGAUCCAUAUCAUGCCUUGCAAAAGCCAGUCGCCAGAAAACGUAUUUUUGGAGCUUGUCUAAGACUCUCGACGGCCGGCACAACCGGCGUCAAAUUUGCCAUGAGUUUCAAUGUACUUGGUCCAAUGACUGCGCCCUCCAUAACUAAAGCAUUACUCAAAAUGAUAAUCGGAGUGAUCAUGAUACAUGAAGAGCUAUUCUGGAAGCAACGAGACCAAGGCGGCCUACGGAUAAAUGAAGAUGUUAUCAAAGAGACUUGUAGACGAUUUGCCGACGGUGAACGAAGACAUAAAGCUGCAGGCCACAUUGAUGGCACAAUUGACAUCUCGAAAUAUCGCGAUGAGAGAUACUGUACGUCUGCUGUAAUAACAGCAUUGAGGAUGUAA